GUCUGUUUUGAGUACCAAUAGAGGCCAUUUCCUGCAACUUCAGCCUUCAGUCUUCUCUAAAUACACCACUUACAGAGACAUCUUAUUCAUCAAAGAAAAUGUCCAACAGAAUUCCACCAAUAAGAGUGCUUGAUUUUACUGAGUAUAUCCGAACAAUGAGAGGCAAGUCUUGCGGUAAAACAUCGUGCGAUGAGACUUCAUGGGGAACAAUGGGAAAGUGAUGCGCGAGCCUGCAAACCGUCAAAUUUCGAUAGACCUGAGCAAAAUCAUUGGGAGUUAAGCAAAAUCAUCCUGGAAAAUAGGAAAUAAACACCCUUAAUUUGAAAAUGAGUAUAGUGGCGCUGAACUAGCAGUAUAGUCCCCAGACUGUGGAGCAGUCUGGGGACUAUCAGAACCCUGAUUAAUGUAUUUACAUAUGUAUACACAAAGCAUUCAAAUAUUCUGUUAAGAGACAAAUGCAUUUGUGUAUUUUAUAAAUCAAAUUUGAUAAUCCCAGUAAACAGAAAGCGAACAGUUGCUCCUCAUCACAGUCAAAUGUAGGUAAAACUUGCGUCCAAGAGCACAUAGCUCUUACAUAUUUGACCAAAUCCUGUAGAUCCUUUGUGUUUCCCGAUGCUCAGAGCAAGUCUGAGAAAUACUGUGUACGUGUGUGUGUUUUAUUUAUGAGUGUGUGUAUUCCAAGUCAAUGAAUCUGACUGUUUCCGGCAGAAAAAUGAAUUGGGUCAGAUAAGAUUAGCUAACCGGACAAUACUGAGAGAGGAGAAAGGAGAGGCAGGAGGGAGAGAAAGUGUGUGAUGGAGUGUGUGAGUGAACUAUGAAUAAAAAAAGACUGCAAGAAUAUGGGGUUGUUUAGGGUCAGUAGCAAAGUAGGUUACAGGUGGCUGCUAUCUGUGAGCGUGCAAAAUUUGAUGUGGAUCCUUAUACAAAUUCAGAUCUAGCAGAUUUAAAUGUGUCCGAUUGGAUUUUGGACUUGAUUUAAUUAAAAGGGGACUGAUGGGCCUUGGUGGAAGUAUGUGCUCUACUGAGUGCCAUUCUAGUUAACAUUGUCUCACUCAAUUUAAGUGAACAUGCGAAAACAUCAUUAAGUCAUGAGUUUACAUCCAAAUUGUAUUUAGCCUCAUUGCUACAUAAUAGGCAAGAUAAGGUUAAGAAGAAACUGAAAAAAAGUGCAAGAACAAGUUGUUCUGAAGGGUUUAAGUUAAGGAACUUAUAGAAAAACAGAAAACAGGCUGGAAAUGGCAUGAAGAGGUCACAAUUAUCUAAUAGAAGAAACAAAACCUCAGCAAUAAGAGGUAAAUAUAUCCACCAGAUGUGAUCAGAGCAGCUUGGAGUGCAAAUCAGCUGGCUGCUGCUUCACAUUCCUGAUGCUGCAUGAAGCAGUUGAAUUAUUAGUGCGAGGCAUCAGGAAGCCCGCCACCCCGCUCUCACGGGGUCCUAACCAUCUAAGAAUAGAUUACACAGAGAGACACACACACAAAGUGUUGUCAUGGGUUGUGUUAUACUGGUCAGAAAAUUACCCGGAUAAUUCAAGAAGACUCAGAUUCUGCAUUCAUCAAGUUAUUUAAGAGGGUUUGAGUUCAAGGAAAUAACACAAAAAUGCUUUAUUUAUCAAAGGCAUCAUUCAAAUGCAUCAGUGUAGCUUUAUAUCAAUGAAACUGUUUUUCAGCAACCAGUGCAGACAUUUUGGAUAAACUGCAAGUGGUGGGAAGUAAUUAAGCACAUUUACUUGAGCGCUGCAAUUUCAAGGUAUCUGUACUUUAUUUACUUGACUACUUUCAUUUUAUUCUUUUUCACUUCUAUUUCACUAUGAUGCUGCCACCACCAUGCUUCAUGGUGGGAAUGGUGUGUUAGUGGUGAUGUGCGAGGUCAGGUGUCCACCAAACGUCUUUAUGUCGUCGUUGUCUGAUGGCCAAAGAACCUCCUUCCAGUUGACUGCGGAGUCUCCCACAUGCCUUUGGGUGAACUCUCAUUGAGAUUCAACAUGUUGUUCCAUAUCCUUUUGUUCUUGGGGUCAGUGGGGUAUGCUGCCUUUACAGUUGACCCUUUACAAAUAGAAAAUGAAGAGCUCCCCCACACUGAAGCCAUCGGUGAUCUUGAGACAUUUCAGAACCGCACCAGGACGAACUUUGAACAUUUGGAGAGACUGAGAAACAGAUCCACAUAUGUAGCUAGGAGCUGCAAGGAAAUCAGGGACAGAUAUGGUGACGAAGAAGAUGGGUUGUACUACCUGACCACUGCUAACGGCAUGGGCUAUCAGACCUUUUGUGAUAUGACCACGGCGGGAGGCGGCUGGACACUGGUGGCGAGCGUCCAUGAGAACAGCGUUUAUGGAAGGUGCACUGUGGGGGAUCGCUGGUCGAGCCAGCAGGGCAACAAUGCUGACCUGCCAGAUGGAGACGGGAACUGGUCCAACAGAAACGUGUUUGGAACAGCAGAGGGUGCCACCUCGGAUGAUUUUAAGAAUCCAGGUUAUUACGAUAUAGCAGCGGAAGACAUGUCUGUGUGGCACGUUCCCAACAACUUCCCACUGGAGCACUGGAGCCUGGCAGCCAUCCUCCGCUACCACACUAACAACCGCUUCCUCCGCCUGUAUGGAGGGAACCUCUUUCAGCUCUUUAAGCAAUAUCCCGUGAGAUACAACACCGGCUCAUGCAGCAACAGAGGGCCAGCUAUUCCCAUUGUGUAUGACCAUGGAGACAGAGUGACAACCACAAUGUUAUAUGGACCAAACUCAAGAAAUGAGUUUGAACCAGGAUUCAUCACAUUCAGAGCGAUAAACUAUGAACGUGCAGCCAUGGCUAUCUGCUCCGGGGUCAAGCCGACCGGAUGCAACACCGAACAUUACUGUGUUGGAGGAGGUGGAUAUUUCGACCCUCGUCAGUGUGGGGACUUCCCAUCAUUUGACUGGGACAGACUGGGACACAGUCAAGGCUGGAGUGCUUCCAAAGAGAUGACUGAGGCUGCUGUCUUACUGUUCUACCGCUAAGAGGAUUAUUUGCGCAUGUCACUUAUGACUCCACAUCAUAUCAGUCUGGUGUCAGACAUGUUUCCUUAUGUCCCUCCCUACUGCCUGCUGAGCUAUGAAGACAAACCAACAAUACAGGCGACGGGCAGAACAGGAGGGACGUCACACUUGUCAACUAUCAUUAUUUGUUUGUAAUUAUGCUGCACUCCAGCAGAUGGCGUUAUUGUACUGUAUUCAAAUAAAAUUUCAAACAUUGGG